AGCACGCACUCUCGCAGUCGCUGUGAUACCACAGCAACGGAACAACAACGUAUGCCACUGGUGGCUGUCGUGACAACGCCGAUAGCGCGAUAGGGCUACAGUUGACUUUGGAAGGUCGACGUGGACUUCCCCUAUCACACUCGGUUCUCACAGUGCUGUCUGCGCAUCCGUCGUAGAAAGCUAACCUCUGGGCAACAUGAGCUACGGAUAUCCGCAGGCGCAGCACCAGUACCAACCUCCGCCAGCGCCAGGAUUCGCGCCUCCGCAACAGGCGCCGCCCCCCGGCUACCCCGGUUAUCCGCCGGCACCUGUAGCGGAGCCCUACUUCGCAGCAUCGGCGCCAGUCGGCGGCACGUACCAACCACCGCCGGCUCCCGCUCCCCAGCACUUAUAUCCAACGCAGCAGCAGCCUGGCGGCUACUACGCGCCGCCGGCGCCGCCGGCAACCGUGAUUGUGAAGGAGAAAGAGGACAGUUGCGCAAAGGACUGCUGCUUGUGUGCCCUGUGCAUGGGUCUGUGCUGCCUGUGCUGCCAGGACUGAGGCGGGGCGUAUCUUCAUGUGCAUACGCUUUUCAUCGCGGCACGGGUUACAAAACAUUGUGUUCCGCGUUCUCCUACAUUUCGAGAUGACGACGGUGCUUACAAAGCAAUGGCAUCAUUAAUGCAUGGCUCUUGCGAAGGUAUAAAUCCGCAGACAGCCCACUUGACACACAAAACUUCCACGGGAGAGAGAGAGAGACUUUUAAUGCACGGUGUGCUGUCUUCAAAAGGAAUCAAGAAAGGGCUUCUCAUGUGCAGGUAACUGACGACAGUCAGCUGUGAUCAAAAA